CUCUUCAGAAGCACGUAUUUACAAAUUAGCGGACUUCCUGGGCGUCAAACGUUAUUUGUCAGGCAACACUGUUGCAUCUACAGCAUCACACGCUCGCCGCAGAUUUUGUUUCAGUUUUUAAUGAGGUUCAUUGAAAGCCACCUCUGAGUCAGAGAUGGAGAAACUAGAGACAUCAGAGCUUCAAUCUAGACUGUCAUCCCUGUCUGUUUCAUCUUUCCCUGGGAUAACGUCAAAAAACUGUGAAGCAAACCCUUUAAACAGAAUUCAAAGCACAGACCUUUCCCGGACAGUAAAACAACCGGACAACCAAACUAAAAUGGAUGAUAACAGCAAUAACAGAGAAUCCGUGAAAUCCACCGAGGAGCCCAGUGCAUCUCUGGGGAAGGCAGAGGCGGGUGACUCACAGGAGAGCAGUACUUCACACCCUGGGGAGAAAAAAGCUCUUCCUCCGAUGAAACCAGCAUCCACAUGGACCUCCGCGGCUCUGAAGGAGCUGAAGACGAAGCUGCGUCAGGAGAAGGACAGCGUGGUGACAGUAUAUCGUGGAGACAUAAUGACCGUCCACGUGCCCACUGUCCCCGAGGCCAAGCGCGUGUGCUGGGAGUUUGCCACAGAUGGCUAUGACAUUGGUUUUGGGGUUUACUUCGACUGGUCACCAGUCACUAGCCGAGCCAUUACUGUCCACAUUAGCGAAUCCAGUGACGAUGAGGAUGAAGAUGAUGACCUGGAAGGCCCUGUGGUUCCUGGAGAUGUUGAGAAGGGCUCUAAAUCAGUUGCCAACUCGAACUUGGGAGAAAUCCUGCCUGUGUACCGUCAGGACAGUCAUCUGGCGGUUCAGAGCGGGAGCCACGAGUUUCCAGGAGAAGGUACAUACCAGCUGAAGUUCGACAACUCAUACUCGCUGUGGAGGAAUAAGACUCUGUACUACAGAGUGUACUACAGUGCCUGAGGAAUCAAGUGCAUAUUUAAAACGAAGCUUUCAGUGAUACUACUUUUGAUCGUAUGUAUUAAAUUACUGUAUAAUUCUUGCUGUUGUUGAUUUGUGCUUUUCGUUUUAUCCAAGCCUAGAUCAUAGAUCAAAAAAUGACUUCUAUAUAUAUAUAUAUACAAAAUGCUUUUUUAAGUGAAUGGAAUCAUGAGGAUCAUGAUGCGUGCAAUGUGUUUUAUGUGGCUUAAGAUGUUAUGUCCAAGAUGAUAUAUUUCAUAUAAAAGGUCCAUAUAUGUUUUAUAAGUGUAUUGUCUGACACCACAACAGAACUGUGGCAUCGUAUAUCAGGGACUACAGAGUAAUCAGGGAAAGUAUAUGGGUGGUGAACCGGGUCAAAUGCUUUUCAAACAGUUCUAAACAAUUCAAAAGCAAACAAGGAAGGCGAGGAAGUGGAUGUUGGUGACGUGGCAGAGGUCACUGUUGAUUCAGGGAAUGACACAUGAGUGUUUUCUGUUUGUUUGGUUGUUUUUUUGUUGUUUUAUGUCAUAUAAUACUGCAUUGAGCAGCGCAUUGGAACGGCCUCGGAGGUCAGAUGCACUAUUUCUUACACUCUGCUAAUACUGGGUUUGUUUUCUCAGCCACAAAGACACUGGAAGCCACAGCUAGUUAGGAUGCGUUUUAAAUAUGUUUUUAUGGCAGUUGUAUACUGUACCAAGAUGGCUAUCACUGCAGUCACCAGGGUUACUACUCAUGGAAAUGGUCAAAGCCAGCUUCUUUACAACUUGAAACCAUUUCCUGCCACAAAAGCUAAUUUGUUGCAUAACUGAUCCAAUAUUUGCAUGUCCCAGGCAUGAUUUAGGGUUGUUUGGCAUCAGUUCGGUCUGUAUAGAUGUAAUGCAGAUGGCCCGUUGAAGAUGUUUUAUUUACGUUUAUGUUCUUAGCUGAUGCCUCUUUACCAAGGUAACUUACAAAACUACCUAUAGCAUAGGUUUUACGAUUUUUUUGUUGUUGCUUCAAUCACGUGCAAUAUGCCACACUAAGUGCUGCCAGCAGGGGUUGUAGUAUAGUAUUGUUUCAUUUAAAUACUCUGUUCUUGAUUAUAUGAAUACCAAAUCACACUGCAAAUGUGCAUCAUGUGAGUUUCUCUUCGUACCUUAAUUAUUUGCAUGUCUUGAGAGACUGUUGCAUUGUGCUGCUGAGGUGCUCGAUUCUGCCAUUGUGUUUUUCUGCUCGUCCUUCUAUGUAUCUUUUUUUUUUGUAUGAUAUGCAUUUGAUAUAUGUUUGUCAUCCUUUUCUUGUUUUUUGUUUGUUGUUUCUUUUGCUGUUUGUUGUUCACAAUAAACGUUGACAAUGAGUCGAGUGUGCAGUUGCUGCCUGUUGCAUAUCCAGCUUUAUGGUUCCUUCCUUUCAAUACACGGAACUUCCUUCUCAGAAUAACCAUAAAAAGUGCUUUCUCAGCCUUAAAAAUAAAUUUAUUGGAUGAGCACAAGCAUCAUUUCCCUUUAAAUUGAGGUCAAUGUAUUGAGUAACAGCAGAAUUAAAAGUGCAAUUGUUUCUUGUUUUAGAUAGAGGGCGCUGUUAAACUGAAAAAAAUAUAUUAGGGCUGUCAAACGA